UGUGAGCAAUACACGCGUUCGAACCAUUCAACCAUACUUCGCGAUCUUGUGCUUAUUAUCUUCUAGCACUUGUAGUCCUUGAUGAGUUGCAUGAUGGUGGCGAAUCGCUGCUUCGGGAGAUGUUUCGUCGCGAUGUCCGCCAACAUCGUGGCACUAGUUCGGCCUCCACGGUUUCUUGGUUGGCUCCAAAUGACGAGUCAGUGAAGCACGAGAGUCUAAAGUGCCCCUUCUUGUACACGAUCGGCAGGUCCGGCGUUCGGCGUAGGUACCGUAGUAGGUGCUCGGCCGCACCCAUGUGGACCUGUGCUGGGUUUGCGCAUGCCCGUGUCAGUUGGUGCACUGCGUAUGACAGAUCGUAGCGGGUGCAUUGGGCAAGGUACAGGAGACUCCCGGUGAUGGCCUGGAAUCUCUGCUUGUCCUCGGGUCCGAGUAGUUGGUCUUGUGGCUGCUCGGUUGAUAGUUCUGCUCCAUACCCGGGGGUGCUGACCGGGUUUGCCUGUUCCAUUCCGUAUCGCUUGUCGUGUCCCGCCAUGUCCUGGAUGGUGUCGUAGUCCGCGAGUUGUCAUGCUGCCAUCUCACCCAGCAGCAAAGUAGUCGUCGGGAUCCGUGCCCGCGUUGUUUUGGCGAAGUUCUGCUCGGUUGAUGUUGUCUUGCUGCAUGUU